UCAAGGGGGCCCGGAGGAGAAGGAGGUGGUGCCAUUGGACCAGAACCCCACAUGGCAGAGGCGGUCUGAUGGAGUAGGAUCAAGUUUCAGGGAAAAUGAAGGUUCCCUCCAUCGGCCACAGCGCCAGAGCCAGCUCCCCUCUGCCUGGUUUUCUUGUUUUCUUCCUGACUUGUUAUGUCCGCAGCAGGGAAUCAGCACAAUUUACAGUGGUGGGACCUGACCAGCCUGUCACAGCCGUGGUGGGGGAGGAGAUCGUGUUACCCUGUCACCUGGCCCCCAGGAUGAGCGUUGAGAACAUGGAAGUGACUUGGUUCCGGUCCGAGCUCUCCCCAUUUGUCCAUCACUAUAGCGAUGGAAAGAACCAGUACGAGCAGCAGAUGCCAGAAUACCAGGGACGGACAGAGCUCUUGAAUGAUGGUCUGACCCAGGGGAAUGUUACUUUGAAAAUUUUCAAUGUCACAGUCUCCGACGAAGGGCGGUACAGCUGUUUUGUUCAAGAUGGCACCUUUUAUGAAGAAACGCUACUGGAACUAAAGGUGGCAGCUUCAGGCUCUGCUCCUCAUGUGUCCAUUGAGGAUUACCAGGAUGGAGGGAUCCGAGUGGUGUGCCGGUCGGCUGGGUGGUACCCGGAGCCCGAGGUGACGUGGAGAGAUCUCAAUGGACAGGCCUUUCCUUCAGUCUCUCAAACAAAUUCCCAAGAAGCCAAUGGACUGUAUGAAACACAAAAUUCUGCUGUUAUAAUGGAAAAUUCCAAUCGGAACUUGUCCUGUUUGGUCAGGAACACCCGCCUCAGUCAAGAAAGGGAAUCAACAUUAUUUUAUAUAUCAGAUCCAUUUUUCCCAAAGGUGAAUCCCUGGAUGGUGUCUCUGGGAGUGACCCUGGUGGUUUUGCUGGGCUCCUUUGCCCUGAGUGUUUAUCUCUUCAGAAUCAAAGGGAAACUUACUGGAGAAGUGGGGAAACUUACUGGAGAAGUGGGGAAACUUACUGGAGAAGUGGAGAAACAUCUUAGUACAAUUGGGGAGCUCCACACAGAACUUGCCUGGAGAAGAAACAUCGUCUGCCCAGGGCCGGGAAGCGCUGAGCCGCCUCUACUGGAAGCCAACGUGACUCUGGAUCCAGACACGGCGCAUCCCCAGCUCAUCCUGUCGGAGGAUGGGAAACGUGUGCGAUGGGAACAGACAUGGCAGCUAAUGCCCAACAACCCGGAGAGAUUUAAUUCUCACCGCUGUGUGCUGGGCCGUGAGGGAUUCACCGCGGGGGGACAUUACUGGGAGGUGGAGGUGGGGGAUGGGAACUACUGGGCUGUGGGGGUGGCCAGAGAGUCUGUGAGCAGGAAGGGAGCGAUCAAUCUGGGCCCCCAGGCGGGGAUCUGGGCUGUGGAGCGGAAUUGGGAUAAGUUCCAGGCUCUCACUGUCCCUUGUAUCCCCCUGCCCCUGAGCCACCCCAGCAGGAUCCGGGUCUGUCUGGACUGUGAUGGGGGGCAGGUGACAUUUAUCGAUGCUGGAACCGAAGCCCCGAUCUUCACUUUCCCGCCGGGCUCCCUCCCCGCGGAGAGAAUCCGACCCUGGAUCCGGGUGAGUGACAUAAAAACACUCCAGCUGUUUCCCUGACACCAGCCCCUCUGGCCUCACACACCCCAGUCUCUAUAACCUUGGAGGACUCCCCUGUACCCAGCCCCUGGCUGCUCAUCUCUAGGGUUCCUGAAAACUCCCCUCCCCGCUCCCCCCACCCCCCUCCGGAGCAGCAGCAGGAGCAGAGGAGGGGGCUGGGCAGGGACAGAACUAACAGCCGGGCUGGGGACAGGCAGAGGUGGGGGCUGGGCAGGGGACAGCGUUAACCCAUCAGACUUGGGGGGAAGCUGGAGGCUCUGCAGCAGUAGGAGGCGAUUUGCAGAGAUCUGGGUCCCUUGGCACAGCCAGAGGGGAGGGGAUAAAAUUGGGACAAAGAAU